UUGUCAGCAAUUAAAUUGGUACGAUAUAUCUGAGGAAACUUUAAAUAUUCCAAUUUAAUUUUGCUUUAGUAACUAUAAAGAAAUAAUUUUAAAGUAAAUAAGGGUUCGUAUUUUGGACAAAAAUUUAAGUUAAACUUGUGAUUUAUAUAUUUUGACGAAGUACGUGUAACAUCGAAAAGAAAUGGCUUUAGCAGAUGGGCCAUGUUAUACCAUUAUAAAUGGUGGUUUUUCGGCACCGUUCAAUGAAAUGCAAUUGAAACAAGAUUUAGAGAAAGGAGAUAUAAACUUAAAAAUAGAUACAUUAAAAAAGGUUAUUCAAUUGCUAUUAAACGGGGAACGGUUGAAAGGGUUGUUGAUGACCAUUAUCCGGUUUAUAUUACCACUGCAAAAUCAUACCAUCAAAAAGUUGCUUUUGAUUUAUUGGGAAAUCGUUCCCAAAACGACAGAUGAUGGAAAGCUGAAACAAGAAAUGAUUUUGGUUUGUGAUGCAUACAGAAAGGAUCUGCAACAUCCAAAUGAAUUUCUCAGAGGAUCAACACUUCGUUUUUUGUGUAAACUAAAGGAACCUGAACUUCUUGAGCCUCUCAUGCCUGCUAUCACAGCUUGUUUAGAUCAUAGACAUUCUUACGUACGAAGAAAUGCUGUUUUAGCGAUUUUUACCAUUUAUAAAAAUUUUGAAUGGUUAGUACCAGAUGCUCCAGAAUUAAUUGCAAAUUUUCUCGAUACACAACAAGAUAUGUCUUGUAAGAGAAAUGCUUUUCUUAUGUUACUUCAUGCUGAUCAAGAACGAGCUCUUAAUUAUUUGGCGUCCUGCCUAGAUCAAGUUAAUAAUUUUGGUGACAUUCUUCAACUGGUUAUUGUAGAACUUAUUUAUAAAGUUUGUCAUGCAAACCCAUCAGAACGUUCGCGUUUUAUACGUUGUAUUUACAAUUUGCUAAAUUCUUCGUCAAAUGCUGUUCGUUAUGAAGCAGCAGGUACAUUAAUUACUUUAUCUGCAGCACCAACGGCAAUCAAAGCAGCGGCUGGAUGUUAUAUAGAGUUAAUUGUUAAGGAAAGCGAUAAUAAUGUAAAAUUAAUAGUCCUUGACCGUUUAAUAGCUAUGAAAGAAAAUGAAAAUACUGAAAGAGUUAUGCAAGAUUUAGUAAUGGAUAUAUUACGUGUAUUAGCCGCUCCUGAUAUUGAAGUGAGAAAAAAAACCUUGGAACUAGCUAUGGAUUUGGUAUCUUCCCGAAAUAUAGAGGAAAUGGUUUUGGUUUUAAAAAAAGAAGUCACAAAAACCCAUAAUGUUGAACAUGAAGAUACUGGAAAAUAUAGACAACUUUUAGUUAGAACCUUACAUAGUUGUUCUAUUAAAUUUCCUGAUGUGGCUGCUGCAGUUAUUCCAGUUUUAGUUGAAUUUUUAUCAGACACCAAUGAAGCAGCAGCAGCUGAUGUGCUAGUUUUUGUUCGAGAGGCUAUACAGAAGUUCAGUUCUCUUAGGCCACUAAUUAUAGAAAAACUAAUUGAAGCUUUCCCAAUGAUCAAAUCAUCAAAAACUCAUAGAGCCGCUUUCUGGAUUUUGGGAGAGUAUAUUGAUUCAGCCAAUCAAAUACAAGAGUUUUUAAAUGUUUUGAAUAGUACUUUGGGAGAAAUACCAAUGGUUGAGGCGGAGCAGAGAAUUUUAGCUGGAGAUCAAGUUGAACAAGAACACAAAGCAGAUAAAGAAAACAUUCCAAGCAAUAAAGUGACAUCUGAUGGUACAUAUGCAACACAGAGUGCGUUUAGUGUAGCACCCGUUGUCAAAAAAGAAAAGCGUCCGCCAUUAAGACAAUAUCUUAUGGAUGGGGAUUUUUUUAUUGGAGCUGCUCUUGCUGCAACUAUGACAAAAUUAGUGUUGCGUUAUAUUGAACUUGAGUCUGACGUGAAAGAACAGAAUCGUAUUUGCACUCAAACUAUGCUUGUUAUGAGCUCUAUUUUACAUUUGGGAAAAUCUGGUUUCCCAGCGAAACCCAUUACUAAUGACGAUACAGAUCGCAUAUUUUUCUGUUUGAAAACUUUAAGCGAACGCACACCAGAUGCCGUCGAAAUAUUUCGCGAUAAAUGCAGGGAAGCACUUGGAAAAAUGUUAGAUGCUCACCAAGCGGAAGAAGCCCAAACACAAAAGGAUAAACAAAAAUUGAGUGCAAAAGUACAGCCAGAUGACCCAGUUCUUUUCCCUCAAUUAUCUGCAAAUAAUUGGCAGAGCCAGCUUGGAGAAAAUGUUUUUGAAUCUAGUUUGAAUCAAGCAUUAGCUGGAACUAAAUCAGCAAAUUUGUCUGAUGUUGCUUCACCAAAUAACAAAUUAAAUAAAGUAACACAACUAACGGGUUUUUCGGAUCCUGUAUAUGCAGAAGCCUAUGUUAAUGUCAAUCAAUACGAUAUAGUCCUUGAUGUUUUGGUUGUAAAUCAAACUAGCGAUACUUUACAAAAUUGUACGUUGGAAUUAGCCACAUUAGGUGACUUAAAAUUAGUUGAGAGACCACAUCCAGUUGUAUUAGCCCCCCACGAUUUUUGUAAUAUUAAAGCGAAUGUAAAAGUUUCUUCCACCGAAAAUGGAAUUAUUUUUGGAAGCAUAGUAUACGAUACAAAUACAACAUCAAAUGUAGUUGUUCUAAAUACAAUUCAUAUCGAUAUAAUGGAUUAUAUAAUUCCUGCAACUUGCACAGAUACAGAAUUUAGGCAAAUGUGGCAAGAUUUUGAAUGGGAAAAUAAGGUUACAGUUAAUACGACCUUUACGGAUCUUCAUGAAUAUUUAAAACAUUUAUUAAAAUGCACUAAUAUGAAAUGUUUGACGCCGGAGAAAGCUUUGUCAGGUAAUUGUGGAUUUAUGGCUGCAAAUAUGUAUGCUAGAUCUAUUUUUGGCGAAAACGCUCUUGCUAAUUUAAGUAUUGAAAAGCCAAUGGAUGACCCAGAUGCUAAAGUAACAGGCCAUAUCCGUAUUCGUGCUAAGAGUCAAGGAAUGGCACUUAGUUUAGGGGAUAAAAUAAGUUCAUCUCAAAAGCAAACUGUUCAAGCUGCUUAAAUUGAAAGUUUACUAUAUUCUAAUUAUUUUUUCCUAUUAUGUAUUUGUUCUUUAUAUGAUUAUGAAUAAAACUAUAUAACAUUCAAAAAAUUCUUGUUGAUCUUCAA